UCUGUUCUCUGGCCUUUUCUCUUAUGUACUUUCAUAUUUACGAAAUUUUUGACAUUUCGUAAGUCAUUGUUAAAUUAGUAAGAAUUUGAAAAGAUUAUAUUACCCUGAAUGAUACAAUUGAAAUGACUUUACAAGUGGGACAGACUGUAGUGUAGGCAUAAGUCAUAAAUUACAUAUGUAAUGCGGCUGCAGUAAGCCAAAAUAGUCGAAAAAUAUAACAAUGGCCACACGAGGUGAAAGAGGUGUUAGCAGAGUUCUAGAAAAGUUACAAGCAUCAGUAAAUGCAGGUCAAUAUUAUGAAGCACAUCAGAUGUACAGAACUUUGUACUUCAGGUAUUUAACUCAGAAGAAAUAUGAACAUCUGUUUAAAUUGCUGUACGAAGGAUCACUUUUACUUCUGCAGCGCGAUCAACAGGGCAGUGGCGCGGAUUUAGCUAUUCUACUAAUAGAUGUUCUAAAUAAAUCUGAAACAAAGCCUAGUGAAGAGUGGAUUGAAAAGAUAGCAAAAUUAUUUGAAUUAAUGCAUUCGGCUAUCCCAGAAAGAGAUACAUACUUAACAAAUGCUGUUAAAUGGUCUAUGGAUAGUAGCAAGAAAGGACAUCCUCUACUGCACCAGAAAAUUGCAGAAGUGUACUGGAAAGAGAAAAGAUAUCCUUCAGCGCAUAAACAUUUCUUACAUUCAAGUAAUGGAACGGUAUAUGCUAAUAUGUUGAUAGAAUUACAAUCAACAAGAGGACUUAAGUCAGAAAUUGAUCUGUUUAUAGCACAAACAGUGUUGCAAUUUCUUUGCUUAAAAAACAUCCAAAUGGCAAGAGAAACCUUCAAAAAAUAUACCAGUUUACAUCCUAGUAUAAGAAAUGAUGUAGGUCCGCCAUACUCAUUUCCUUUACUAAACUUUUUGUGGUUUUUACUACAGUCAAUUGAACAGAAAAACACAGUUCAAUUUCAAAUCUUAAGAAAAUGCUAUGACAUAAGUUUAAAAAGAGAUUCCAAUUAUUCUGAUUAUUUGGAGAACAUAGGACGAGUCUGGUUUGGUAUAGACAAUCGAAAGAACAAUAAUAAUCAAAACUCAAUGUUUGGUGGACUACUAAAGUCAAUUAUUGGAGAUCUUGACAGUUCUGAUGAUGAAGGUGAGAAUCAAUCUUCUAAGCCGACAGCUCCAGAAUUGGAUUAAAAUUAAGUCAAGAUUUUAGCUUUCGGUGUUGUCCAUUAAAUUAAACUGCAAGUAAACUGUAAAAAUAGUGUAUUACUGAAACACUUUUUUAUUAUAAAUAUACAUCGACGAAAAUUCGACUAACAUAUUUUUUAACGUAUAUUAGUCAUGUUGUUAAAUAAAUGAAAUGCAUAGUGGCAACAUUUGCUAAAGUCAACUAUGGUUGCCGAGAGGCUUGCUUUCUUUUGUGAUCCUUUAUGAAAGAUAUUUUCAGGCCUGAAUUAUAUGUUGUCAUAUUGUAAUACUUUUCUCAUUUUUUCAUUUCAAAAGUUCAUAAACAUCUUGAAAUAUUUUCUAGUUAGGAUUGUCAGAGUAACAUUUUGAAUGUGUGAAAUUUGUCGCAAUGAAAUCAAUACUUGUUUCGUAACAAUGUUCAUUGGAUGGAAGGCACAUCCAUUUUUUGUAAGAUAUUGGUGGUAAUAUAACAGUAGUACAAAUUUCUGUUAACACAUUCAAUGCCACUUUGAUUUUUUCAUACUAAAGUGAACUCAACAAGUGCCACUGAAUGUGUUAAAUAAAUAACUUAAAUGUGUAUUAUUAUUUAUAUAUUAUCUAUAUAUAUAUCAUGUGUUCACAAUUAACGCUAUUCUAGUUUUGUACAUAAAAAUAAUUCAUGGAAUAAUUACAUUAUGAUGUACAUUUUUGUUAAGAAUAGAAGUAAUUUGGUUAAACAUUUGUCUAAUUUAUAUAAGAGAAUUGAAAUGACUAUAUGUCUUCAACACAGUCAAUUGCUUGUUAAUAAUGUAUUAUUUUUAAUGGAAUUAAAUGGUUUUUAGGGUUUAUUAGCUUUGAAGAUAUUAAAUAUAUUUGGAUGAAUUAUUAAAUUAUAAUUUUGUUUAUGUAGUUCUAAAUGUCACCUAU